CCCGACUCCGAGCCGAGAGCCAAGUUUCUUUCUUCCCCUUUGCUAGUUUGUUUAGCGAACUCAUUCGAAGCCCUUCCGCGAGUCCGCACGCGAGUCCACAUCCCGCCACAUUCCGCCCCCUCUCGGCAGAUGGCCCUGGUGCUCCUGCCGUGCGACCUGCCGUCCUGGCAGAGCACCCUGAGGCACCUCCAGGACCUGAAGCACUGCCGGGACACCUCCAACGCCGUGGAACUCAUGAAGAAGAUCUACUCCAUCAGCUGCGUGAGCCUGGACCCGGAGGACAACGAAGCGGAGGAAAUGAACAGCUUCGAAGUCCUGAAGCGAUACCUCAAGUCCCUGCCGGGCGAGGAGGAGCGGCGGUUCGUGGAGCGGAUCCUCCCGGCCAUGGCCGAGCACGCCCUCAGGCUCAAGGAGCGGAAGCCCCCGUUUGGACUCCGGUACAGCCUGCAGCAGCACGAUGAGAGCAUCGAGGUGGACCGCCGAUUCCUGGUCUCCAUCCUGGCGGCGUGCUUCUUCUCGUGCUUCCCGAAGCGGACCCCCAAGACCCAUCCGACCCUGCAGGACUGCAACUUCGCCCCGUUCUUCAGGCAUCUGGACUGUUCAUUCCAGCAGGUGAAGCUGCGGUGCGUCCUGGCGCUUUUCGACGACAUCUGCUUCAGAGAGCCGCCCGGCGUCCACCCGCAGGUGAUGCCGGUCCGAGAGCAUCUGAGCAUCGAGGACUGGGAGUCGAGCGGCGACGCCCUCUGCCCUCUGAUCGUCCGAAACCAGGGUCAGAUCGAGUCGGCCGAGAGCAUCGCGGUGCAGACGGUCUUCGGCAGCCCUGGCAUCGGGGGCAGGGUGCUCUUCGAUGCUGCCAAUCAGGAAUCGACAGCGUUCGUGACUCAGCCGGAGCUGCUGGCCUCGCUGUGCUUCGUGGAGAACCUGGAGGACAACGAGGCCAUGGUCGUGGUGGGGUUCCAGCCCUCCUCCACCAUCUACUGGGAUCCGUACGAGGGGAAGUGGGAGCAGUGCCCCCGGCAGCCCGUCCCUGUGCGUCUGAUGGUCUAUGGUGGGGAGGUGGAGAACGGACGGAGAGGUGGAGAACGGAUGGAGAGAUGGAGAACGGAUGGAGAUUACGAACACCCACAGGCGGACGAAGAAACCCCCCCGCUGCAGCUGUCCAUCAUCGACGCCGAAGACUUCAGCGAAUGCCCCCUGAGCCAAUACGAGGACAUCUGGAUCCUCCGGGAGCUGAACAAGGCGCUGACGGGGUUCCAGCAGUCUCCGGUCGUCCGGCGCCUGCCCCCGAUCGGGCAGAGCCGGUCCAGCUCCCCCGAGACGAAGCCCUCCCCCGAGCCGCCGCCUUGCAUUCUCCUUCCGUCCAGGAACAGCAGGUUAAGUCCCGUUUUGUCCGUUGAGGUUGUUGUUGGAAAGAGUCGGGUUUGUGGGUGGGGAAGCCGGCUGAUAAAAAUGGAGUCGGUUGGAUCCGACAAGGACCGAGAGACCCUGAACGUCCUGCGCCCCUCCGCCAGCACGAGCUCGGGCCUCAGCGAGAGGACGGUCGUGGACAGCGAGGUCACCCUCGGCGACGCGGACCCGGAGGAGGUGGACCGAUCGAGCGAGGAGGACUACGUGUUCACCUUGCCUCGGCCUUGGGACGAAGCCGGGUUCAGCCAGUACGAGACGUGCGGGAGCUCCGACUCCCCCGAGUACGUGAGCGCGCAUGGGAGCUUCGAAGAGGACGAGCCGCCUCGCGAGGACCCGAAGAGAGGGAAGAAGCGGAGGAGGGGGACGUUCGCGGAGCGGCUCGAGGAGGCGCUCUUGAGGGAGGCGGGGGAAGUGGAGCGACCCGAGCCGGUGGAGAAUCCUCAUCGGGUGAAUGGAGACGGCGCGACGCGGAUUAACGGCGUCAUUCGUGGCUUUCCCGAGGUUCGUAUUUCUGUCUCUGGAACCUACCUGAAGCCCGCGAUGGAAUUCCCCUUGGCUGGAUUUCCGGAUCCGUAG